UCGAUACCCCAACUUUGACGUCCAGUCAUCCGCCCUUUUUGAUUCCCCACCAACGACAGGGCUGUUGACAUCAGCCCUCAACCGCCAACAUUCCUCCAACAACGUCGUCGUCGCCGUCGUCGCCGCGUACUUCCUCAACCAUACCCCUGCGACCUCUACGAUUCGAGUCCCAGAAUCUGCCCGCUGGAGCCUUAGAAUCUGCAAGCGAGAAAGGCAGCCGUCGCUCUUCUAUCUCCUCAGCUCACUCAGUUGGGACGGAUUUCUCGCUUUGGACCGAUACUGGAGAUUUGGGUGAACAAAUCGCUGAUGCAGAGGAUCCUCUCCGAAUCCGCCUCAUAAAUUCCCUGGGUCGUGGGGGGUCCGGUCGAGCCGGAUCGAGGGCACGGACGAAACGAGCGAAACGUGUGCACUACCAGGAGCAGCAAACCGCUGGCGACUUUGAUCUUGAGAAAAUAGAAAUCCCACAACCACCACCCAGAAAUAUAUCUGGUAUUGAACGCUUUAUCGUUGUCAUAAUGUCACCUGGCAGCCGGCAAUCAACUCAAACGCAUGGCUUAGUUGGGAAGCCAUUGCUUUACUUCACGAGUGUAUUCGUGUCAUUAGGUGUCUUCCUUUUCGGUUAUGAUCAGGGUGUGAUGUCGGGAAUUAUAACAGGCUUGUACUUCAAGGAUUACUUCAACCAACCGUCGCGAGCGGAAAUUGGCACUGUCGUCGCAAUAUUAGAAGUUGGGGCCUUCAUUUCCUCAUUACUCGUUGGAAAAAUUGGCGACUUAAUUGGUCGCCGCAGAACCAUCCUUUAUGGAUCCAUGGUGUUUUUCGUAGGAGGCGCUUUCCAAACCUUUGCGACGGGGCUACCUAUGAUGAUGCUUGGCCGUAUAGUCGCCGGUCUGGGCGUUGGAGCGUUGUCCACUAUUGUCCCGGUAUAUCAGUCCGAGAUAUCGCCCCCUCACAAUAGAGGCAAAUUGGCAUGUAUUGAGUUCACGGGAAAUAUCUUCGGAUAUGCUGCUAGUGUUUGGGUCGAUUACUUUUGCAGUUUCAUUCGCAGCGACUUUUCCUGGCGUCUCCCGCUGCUUUUGCAGUGUAUCAUGGGGUUUUUACUUGGCCUGGGAAGUCUCAUCAUUUGCGAAUCGCCGAGGUGGUUAUUGGAUAAUGAUCAUGAUGAAGAGGGUAUGGUAGUCAUUGCAAACCUCUAUGGUAAAGGAGAUCUUCACAAUCCCGAGGCUCAAAGAGAGUACAGGGAAAUCAAGAUGAACGUGCUUAUUACACGUCAAGAAGGGGAACGAUCUUACGUUGAUAUGUUCAAAAGGUACAACAGACGUGUCCUUAUUGCAAUGUCCGCACAAGCACUCGCGCAACUGAACGGGAUCAAUGUCAUCUCAUACUACGCGCCGCUUGUCUUCGAGUCCGCCGGUUGGGCGGGCCGUGAUGCCAUCCUCAUGACCGGAAUAAAUGGUCUAACUUACUUGGCGUCGACGGUUCCUCCUUGGUAUCUUGUGGAUGGUUGGGGAAGGCGUCCCAUUCUUCUUUCCGGUGCCUUGGCUAUGGUUCUUUCUCUUUCGGCAAUUUCCUAUUUCAUUUUUAUCGAUAUUGAAGCCACGCCAACCCUUACCGUUAUAUUUGUCAUGAUUUACAAUGCUGCUUUUGGUGCCUCAUGGGGUCCGAUACCAUGGCUAUACCCUCCCGAAAUUCUUCCCUUGAGCAUUCGUGCAAAGGGUGCCAGUCUCAGCACGGCAACCAACUGGGCUUUCAAUUGGUUAGUCGGGGAGGUCACGCCUGUUCUUCAGGCUGCCAUAAAAUGGAGGCUUUAUUUGGUUCAUGCAUUUUUUUGUGCAUGUAGCUUUGUUGUUGUAUGGUUUCUUUAUCCUGAGACAAGCGGAGUUCGUCUGGAGGAUAUGGACGUACUCUUCGGCGAUGCAACCACUGCCAUGCCUACACCCGCUACUCAAGGGGAGCGUGGCUCUCUUAUGAGUACUGGCUCACCUGUGCCGUCUCUUGACAUUAGACGGCAGUAUGGCCAGCAUGGGGCAGAUAGUGCCAUUCCCGGCUUAAACAUCAAUCCUCCCAACGUCACGGGUGAAAACAACGGGAAAAGCCCCCAAACUGGUCCUCAGGAUGAUAAUGGAAGUCGACCUGAGGGAUUAGGCGGUUGGAUAUCGAAUAUAGUCAGUCGCAAUAUGGGGUCAUCGAACCGUCCACAUGAUACCCAGUAUAGAAGGCUAGAGCAGGAUGAAGAGGCCGAGCAGUGAAGAGUUGAUGAUGCUGAAGUAUCUUCACUGCAAUUUCCUUCGACUCCUUUGCAUUAUAGAUGCACUACUCUCUCGGCGCUCGCCGUCUUUUCUAUCUCGAUCUCGUUACACACUUAUUCGGGUCUUUCGGUUUGCAAUUCGAUGAUAGCGCUUUCUCCUCAUAGAUGCCUAACGGCAGCCGUUCGUUUUACCGCUACCCUCUAAUUUGAAGUCUUAUUUAUUGGGUAGAACAUUAUCUUCAAACGGCUAUCGGGCGCGGAGUGCCGGACAAGUCCCGGCCCAGUGUCCGUCUGUGCAUUUACAGUGCUAUAGGCAAUAGUGGAGCCGCGCGGAUGGUGAGGGGCUUGAUAUAUAUAUCCGUACAACGUAUAUAGGGUAAUUAAUUAUGUUGGAAAGUAGCAUGAAUAAUUCCACUAAA